AAAAGGUUUGUGUCCAUGCUCUCUUCACAAAUCCCUCUCUGCCUCCAUCUCAACAUCUCGAAGUUAUCAUACAAUUUCGCCAACAUGUCAAGGAUCGCGGAUGCAAUGGAUCUCCUCAUGACCACCUUUCAUAAUUACACUGGACCACAAGGAAACUACAUCACUUUGACCAAAAAAGACUUUACCAAACUGCUCCAUGAAGAGUUUCCUGAAGUAGACUACAGCUCAGAUGAUAUGGAGAGUUUCUUCAGCAAGCUGGAUGCCAACGGUGACAAUGCUGUUUCUUUCAAAGAGUUUGUUGACAUUAUCACAGAGUUCGACCUGAUGUGCACCAGCAAAUGAACGAUUUGGCCACAUUGCCUUUGGGCUGGCACUGAAGAGUGACAGCGGUCGUUUUGUAACAGCGCUAGUUAAGCUAAUGUAACAGUGCUCACUGUGAUGUGAACUGGCAAAUAAACAAUUUGGCCAUGUUGCUUCAGAA